AUCCCUACAUCACAGUUUCACUGCUUCUGACCAGGCGCAGGAGCUUGAAGCACAGCACAAAAUGCUUUGCGCGAGGGAAAGAUAAAGGUCACCAGUGUAGAACUGCUUGGAGCCGGCGAGCAGGGUACAAGUGAAUUUCCACGCGGCAGCAGAAUCGUAAGAGCUCCAGUACUGUGAAAUAUUGGCGGAUGACCACAUGUGCAGCGUGGACAUGUAUCAAGGUAUAACCAUGACAACGAACCACGGACCCCCGUCUUACGAACCGAGCUUCCUUCACAGUGCUGCCACCGCGGCCACGUCUCCGGUCUACGUGCCUACUACCCGAGUUACCCCGAUGAUCACGACUCUCCCGUACCUCCAGACGCACAGCGCUUCGCAGCAGACUAGCACAGCGCCCAGUCACUCCGCUUGGGCACAGCCGGGAGUUGAGACGGUCCCGUCCUACAACUCGGCUAGCGCGCACCACUCCCCAGUAUCCCCGCGUUUUACGUUUUCCACCACAAGCCCGCCUCUAACAUCUGGGGUCGCGACCGCCAGGGAAAGUACAACGUACACGAGCCCACUUAACAUCUCCACUAACGGUCGGGAACAUUACGGUUCCCGUGGCCUGGGUGGGUCGUAUCACACUCCGUACACGGCGUACGUGAGCCCGAAUAUGGGGGGAACAUGGACAGCGUCUCACUUCGACAGUUCGGUGCUUCAUAGCCUACAGACCGGAGGAACAGGCGCUGCGACAAGACAUCCAAAUUUAGAGCUGUUCGACGAUUUCGCAGAGGGCCGUGAGUGUGUGAACUGCGGGGCCAUGUCCACUCCUCUGUGGCGGCGGGAUGGAACCGGUCAUUACCUGUGCAAUGCUUGUGGACUGUACCACAAGAUGAAUGGCAUAAACAGGCCACUGAUCAAACCUCAGAGACGACUAUCUGCUUCCAGGAGGGUUGGGUUAUCCUGCACCAACUGUCACACUACCACCACCACCCUGUGGAGACGAAACACUGAAGGGGAGCCUGUGUGUAACGCCUGUGGCCUCUACAUGAAACUACAUGGGGUUCCUCGUCCUCUGGCCAUGAAAAAAGAAGGGAUUCAGACCCGCAAGCGCAAACCCAAAAGCCUUAACAAGUCCAAGCCUGGAACCCCUGGGACUGAUGGCCAUAACCCCUCUAGUGCAGCUGGCACCAGUGGUACCAUAGCAGAGCCCCGCACCAUUAAAACUGAGCCGGAUACGCCUACUCUCUAUUCCCGUCAUAACAUCCACACACAGGUCCCCGCUAUUCCGGCCUACAUGGGAAGUCUGAGUGGAGCUUCAAACCUAAAGCUCUCCCCAGGAACCCACACAGGGGCACCCUGCUCCAAGACUGAGCCCUGGAACAGCCUGAUUCUGGCUUAGGUUCAAAUGUGACAUCCCCUGGUCAGACGCCGCAGAUCCGACUUGUAUGUUUGAAGGAUCCACAGCACAGCGGAAUGAUCUACCCUAAAAGAAGCAAAACAGCAAUCCCAAAAACCCAAGAAACACAACCACAAGACAACACAACCCUCAAUGUGUCCUUAAACAAUAAAAAAUGCAGUGAAACUAGAAGAAGCAUUUUAAGGAUCCAGACAUGCAAGGCAAGUGUCACUUAAUGGAGGGUGUGAACUAGACAAGCGUGGAAUGCACUAAAAAAGAAAAUGGCCUCUCACAAGGCUAAAGAUUCCUGGGACCCAUAAUACCUGAGACCAAAGACUGAAUGCAAGAACAUAAAAUAUCUUGUGAAACAAUCACAGAUUAUAUUAAUGAAGUGCCUCGGAUAUUUAUCAAAUGACAAUCAAACAACCUCAUGUGCCUUAUUAUUGCUAACAUGUUGCUCUCAGCACAACAUACCAAACACCCCCCCCACCCCACCAACCAUUUAAAUGAUGUGACACUGUCACCUUUAUAUGAAAAAGUGACAACUUUGAUUGUGUGAUUGUAUUAAUGAUUUUUAUAUUAUGACUGGCCUUUGACUUCAUUGUUUGCAAUGUUCUAACAGCAAAAAAAGAAUAUGUGUUUAGUACUAGCUUUGCUAACUUCACUAAGAAACAUUACAUAUUAGACAUAUACUCUGUGUUCAAGAGACAGGAGUUUCCUAUAAGUCAAGAAAAAAGAGAACUAUGUUAAAAGAUAACUUGAAACAAAGUCAAAGCACUCCGUUUGUUAUUUUGUGGUAAAAAGAAACUCUCCAAAUCCACGCCACAAUGUUUCAAAUUACAGUUUCCCCCAUUGUACACAUUCCAUACACAUAAACUGACAUCACAAUAAGAGGCCUAUAAAAUUCUUAUAUUUUGAGUCAGAAAUUGUAAUAACUGUCCAUAAGAACUCCUAUCACAUAGGCAAAUAGCCUAAACUACUUUUCUGAACAAAAAUCAAAUAAUACCUUCCAUACUAAUUUCUAUUUGAUAUUAAGUUUUUUUAUGCAUACUAAUGCACCACAAAUUUUCACAUUUGAUUUAGCAUUUAUUGAUUUUUUUUCCUUUUCAUUUUGAGAUCAAUUGCUCCAUAUAUUUAUUGACUUGAAGAAAGCAGGGACAAGCAUUUACCUUCAUUCAGCACAGGGUUCUAACUGUAGGUUAGGUCAUCACUGAGCAUCCCCUUUAUACUUUGAACAGUGUUAUUUUGUCCUUAUUUGGCUGCGCUCUUGUAAUUUACAGUAUAUGAAUGUGUAUAAAACAUAUGUAGACUAUGUAUGGACACCUCACUGUUAUAGUGGUUAACCUCUGAGUAACAAGAUACCACAUGAACAGAACAAAUAAAGUGCAAAUGACCACAGGAUCAUCAUGGUCUGUAACAGUGAUGAUCUUAUUACACUAUAUAUCUUUUCGCACUGUGUAUGAUGAUUAAGAGAAACAUAAAAAAUAAGAUUCAAACCA